UUCAGAGAGAGAGCGAGAGAGAAAGAAAAUGUGGUGGUUUGGAUAACUGGGGCAAGGUAAAUUGACAAGAUAGAACACAUCGAAGGGAAGGGAGCCCCUGGUUGCUCUCUAAACUCUUUCUCACUUAAAGGAACACUUACAAAGUGAUACAGAAGCCUCUCAUCCAGGAUUGGGCACUGCAAUCAUCUGGUCUGUUGUUCUACAACUACCCAACAAAACCCCACAAGUCUGAACCCCUCUACGCUACAUACUCCUGUUAUUGGUUACCAGAGGAAGCUUAAAGCCUAAUCUCUGCACCUGUAACAAAACAUGAGGGUACGGGUGUUCUCACGGGCACAUAUACUACAGGAAUUCCAUCUGCACUGUCAAUCACUCGCUGCCAAGGACAACAGUGGUUUCUGGCAGAAGUUUGAGGAGCUGAAUGAUGUUGGUAAAGAGUUCACUACCAGGGCUGGAAACCUGGAGGCCAACAGAGAGAAGAACAGAUACCCCUACAUACUGCCUUAUGACCACAGUCGAGUGAGGCUGUCCCUGCUAGACUCCCAGCUACACUCAGAUUAUAUCAACGCUAGUUAUGUCCCUGGUGGAUGUACGGAGCGAGAUUUCAUUUGUACCCAGGGUCCUUUGCGCAGCACUAUCGCUGACUUCUGGAGGAUGGUAUGGGAGCAGAACGUUAAGAUCAUCGUCAUGGUGACCGCCCUGAAACAGAAGGACAUGGUGCUGUGUGAUGAGUACUGGCCAAUGGAGCAAGGGACAGUGUCGUACGGAGCGGUCCAGGUUACCACAGUGUCUCGUAAACGGCGUCCAAAUUAUUUCAUCACCACCAUUCACUUACGACAGCACGGUUUUCCCGUAGAGAGGACAGUAACACACUACUACUACGCUGCCUGGCCAGACCAGGGUGUACCCAACGACCUCUCCUCUCUCUGUGCUUUCACUGAGUAUGUGAGGCAGCAUCUGGACACUCUACCCCUUCUGGGGCCUGCAGUGGUGCACUGCAGUGCAGGUGUGGGGCGGUCUGGGACGUUUGUCGCUCUGCUAUGGCUGAUGCAGCUGUGUGUGCGUGGCAUCAUGCCUGAUGUUAGAGCCGCCGUGGAGGACCUGAGACGGCACAGAGUCACGAUGGUCCAGAACCUGGAGCAGUAUAUACUGGUUCAUCAGUGUCUAAUGCACUGGCUGAGUGGAGGGAGUGUGGGACCUCUAAGCAGAGUACAGAGUCAUGCUGGCCCUGCUCAUGUUGAUCGGGGGAAGGAUCACCCCCUUACCACCUCAGGGCGAUCAGGUCAGGGAAACUCAUCGAGGGGGAGGAGCAGGCGGCAACAGGAACAGCACACACCCCAUCCAGUCCAAACCCAACCACAAACCCAGAGCUCCGUGCAACAUCUGCUCAACCCUAGGAACUUGCUAAGAAGACUGCUGCCCCCCUCUAUGCAUAUUAAUCCACAAAAACACACUUGAGGACUAAUCGCACAAAUGCACACACCCAACACCUUAAUCCGCAUUUACACACCAAUCUAUAGCCACACCCUCAUCUUCACUCAGUCACACACCUGGAGGGGCUAACUCCGUCUGAACAAACAAUAGUACACACAAACAUGUAUCUACAAGUGAAACCACACAUCCGAACUUUGCCAAGUGGGAAUGGGCUGAUUUAUUCCUCUCCAACACACCUGGGGUUGAGGGAAGAUGUCCCGACCUAGGGACUACUGUAACGUUGUGUGAUUACAUAUAACAAGGCCUUUGACUGAGUGGGAAGGGGAUUUGCCCUAUGAGAUGACUGUGUGUGUGUGUGUGUGUGUGUGAGACAAAACACACAAAGGAGGCAGCCGCAACAACGGAUCCAUCUACUUCCUGGAUCAGUCCGACAGACAUACGGAGGAACAUGCCUCUCCGGUUGAACCUGUUCCUCAAGACUGGAUUACCAACCAUGAAGAACUAAGGCCUGAGGUAAUGGGGGAGAUAUGUACUUGAUCACAAAUGGUGCUGAGACGCAUCUAUUCUCAUGAAUGCCUGACUGCAAAACCAAGAUUGUCCCUAUGUAUAAGGUUGUAGCAAUGUUGAAAUGCAUUUAAAAAGCAUAGUAGUGUGCUGGAACAAGAUUUGUACGUUGUAUGACGUAGUACAACAUUGUUACACGUGUCUCUCACUGCUUGUUUAUCUUCUCGGUAAAAAACAACCUCUACCACAAUUUAGACCCUUGAUUUACAGUGCCUUGCGAAAGUAUUCGGCCCCCUUGAACUUUGCGACCUUUUGCCACAUUUCAGGCUUCAAACAUAAAGAUAUAAAACUGUAUUUU